AAGGCAUGGCCAAGAGCAAUGCUCUGUCUGCCUUUCUGUGGCUUGAAAGUUAAAUCUCUAAUUGGUUCUAAGACAUUUGAGCUGCACCUAUUUCCCAGGCAGUGUGGCCCUUUGAGACUUAGUGAAGCAGUGGGUGACAGCAUAGUCAGAGCAUAUCUGGCCUGGCAGUUGUGGCCUCCUUGUUCAAGUGUUAUUCCUUGGAGUGGGGAGAGCAAGUGCUGAUAGGGCAGAGAACAAGGGAGAGGGGCCUCUGCUUCUUUUCAGUGCUAUUGGCUGGUUUUGUUUUCUGGCAUCUAUGAGACUUGAGCUUUGGAGACUAGCCAUCGAACAUCCUGUUUUCACUGAAUUUGUCUCUGUUCUUCGCAGUCUCUUCUCCUUUCUUCUGGUUACAGAGUUGCUGCAAUAGCACCAAGGUAUGUUGGAUUUUGAAUGAGUGAAACAGGGGAUGUAUUACAGGAAAUAAGCAACAUGAACAUGCUUUCCCAUGUCAGAGGCCUUGGCAGCAGGUUCUGGUGCUAUUCUGAGAUGUCAGCAAGCCCUGAAAGAGGUAGCAGUAUGCUGUUCUGCAUUUCUAUCUAGUCCAGGAAUCCUGCAUAGAGAUUCCAGAUAAACAAGAGCCUAUGAGGACUUGUGCCUCCCUCCUCCCUCACAGAUGGAAGGCUCCAAGGAAAAAAUCAUUCUGAAUAUUGGGGGAGUCAGAUACGAGACAUACAGCAGCACCCUUCAGACCUUCCCAGGGACAAAGCUGUGCAGCCUCACAGAACCCCAUGCCUCAAGCAUCUACGACUAUGAUCCCACCACCAAAGAGUUCUUUUUUGAUAGGAGCGCUGAGAUCUUCAGCUACGUGUUGAACUAUUAUAGGACUAAACAUUUCCACUGUCCUAUUGACACCUGUAGGUCAGUCUUGGAAGAAGAGCUGGCUUUCUGGGAAAUCAAUGAGGCACAGCUAGCAUCCUGCUGCUGGCUGAAGCUGAAUAACAGAGAGGUGCAGCCAGAAGAGUUUAACAUUUUGGAUGAAAAUGAGCAGACUGAUGACCAGUGCCUCAUAGUCCAGACAGAAAGAAGGGAUCUGAGCUGGCGAACCAGAUGGCAGCCAAAGAUUUGGUCUAUGUUUGAAAAACCCUUUUCCUCUUUCAGUGCUAAGUGCUUGGCUUUUGUUUCUCUGCUGUUCAUCGUUGGAAUUGUCAUCGUAUUCUGUGAGGAGACCAAGGCACAGUUUGAGUUCUUUACUGCUAACUUCACCUCAGUUGGCUAUUCUGAGGUCUCCCACAAUGACCAUGAACCCUAUUACCACCAGGCUGCCUACUUGCUUCAUCUGGAGCUUUUCUGUGUCCUCUGGUUUACUUUUGAGUUCUCUGUGCGAUUUUGUUUCUGCCCAGACAAGAAGUUGUUCUUCCAAAAUCCCCUCAAUGUGGUUGACUUCCUCUCCCUCUUCCCAGUUUACAUUGAACUCUUCGUGGCUGGGCAGAUUCAGAGAGUGCCAAGCCUAGGGCUUUGGUUGGGCUUCGUUCGAGUUAUCUAUCUCCUCAAACUCCUGAAGAUAUCCAAGCUGAUAGAAACGCCACUGAUCCUCAGGGUUCUGUGCUACACCCUCAAGUCUAUCCUCAGAGAGAUUUGCAUCCUGCUGAUGAUUUUGGCGUUUGAGACCCUCUUCUUUGGCUCUCUCUUUUUCUAUGGGGAGUUGCUGGGUAGCCAUCCCUCCUACACGGGGGAGCUGCACUUCACUGACAUUCUUGUUUGCUUCUGGUGGGCUUUGAUCACACUCACUACAGUUGGCUAUGGAGAUAUUAUCCCUCUCACCACAGCUGGCCAAGUGACGGCAGCCUUGGCAGCAGUAUUUGGCAUGUUAACUAUUAUCAUCCCAAUACCCAUUUUCCUGGUGAAGUUUAAAACUUAUUAUGACAUUGCUAUCUUCAAACAGAAGCUGAAAAGAAACAAGAAACUUUAACACUUCAGAAGCUCUGUUCCCCUUUUGCCUUUAGCAGUAAACCUUCAGCAUGGUUUAUUCCCUUUGGUGGACAAUGGAGUGACAAUAGUUCAUACUGCAUUUACUUGCUGCCUUAGCAUAUCUCAAACUAUUGGAGAGGCCUAACAUUGGAGUGCUUGGUACACAACUGAUCAGACCUGUCAAAUCCCAUAAGUCUUUCCCACAUUGUACCUCAUGCCGUGCUCUUACAUGUCACAGUUUCUCUCUCUCAUCUAGCUGUUCAGGGACACACCUGUGAUCAUAGAAUUAUAACAGUUAGGGUUGGAAUGGACCUUAAGAUCAUGUAGUUCCACCCUCCCUGCUGCUACAUUAUAGCAGCAUUGUAUGAUUCCAUAGCCUGAAUGUGCACCACAUAGCCCAGUUCCAUGACCUGGGGCCACAGCAUAUUCUCUCAGCUGCCAUACAACCCGUGGUACUAGCUGUGUCCUCCAUCGACAGACCAUAGUCUCAUUCUGCAUGCUGGGAAAGAAGAUCUGAGCACAGCCCUGCUCUGACAGCGAGGAGGAAGCACUUCCAAGUUGUAUUUUUUAGCAGUGUUCUAUUUCCUCACUUUACCAAGCCAAGCCAGUACACCUGACCUGCCUGCGCUCACACAUGGGUGGAAGGAAGGCUGCAGGCUGCUCUGUGGUCCUUAGAGCCAGCACUGUUUGAUAACCUGCUCUGUGGGCUCACAGGAAUUGCUGUGGCAUUCGAGUAGCAUCAAGGGAGCCCUCUGACAGCAAAUCCUUCCUGGCUCUGCUGAAGUCAAUGGCAAGCUUUCCUUGGCCUCAGUGAGAUUAAAAUUUCAUUGGACACUUCCAUUGGAUCAACACAUUCCAACAAUUCUGGGUUUUUACGUAAAAAUGUGACUAUUACCCAAAAUACCUAUGGUUUUUGCUCUUCAAAAGGAAGAAUGGAAUCUACACUACUCAAUACAGAUCUAAUGUCAUUUACUUUCUUAAAGCAUAGAUAUAAGGAAUAUUUAUCUUUUAACUGGAUAGUCUUACUUGUUACCUUUGUUUGGUUUUGAAAUAACAAACAUUGUUGAGGUAUGAGAACAAACCACAUCCCACUGUUUCUAUAGCAGGAUGAUGUGCUAAGGUUAUUUUGUUUAGUAAGUAAAAAUUGCUGUAUCCAAUAACAUUUCUGUAUUGAAAUUUCAUUAAGGUUGUAUUUUAACUGCAAUUUUGAUUAAGUUUUGUCUGUCA